CUCUGACAUUUCUACUCGAUGGUACGUUCCGUGUCGUAAUCGGAAGAAGAUUGAAAACAUCUCAAACGCGGGCAGCGUUUCGUUCAAGGGAUUCAUUGAAAAUAAGUGGAAGUACGCGCGACAUGCAGGAGGACUCAAGCCACAGUCCCAGCUACACCGCAUGUGACGACUUUGUUCAUGUGGUGGAGUUCAGUCCCUUCAGCUCCGGUACCCCGGCAUCUCUCCUGGCCUAUGGUGGAAACCAGUACGUGGUGGUGGGCACCUGCCUCUUCCAGGAGGAGGAUGUGGAGGUCGAGGGAGUUGAAUUCAAUGUUCUUCGAGCUUUUCACCAUGAACUGCGUGUCGACGCUCUAGCCUGGAGCCCGAGUCUCGGCUGGACAGGAUACCCACCUCUUUGCAGGUUGUGCACGGCUGCAGCUGACAGAAAGCUACGCCUGCUGACUUCUGAUCUUCAGGAUAGGCAUGAAGUCAAGGUAAUGGAGGGUCACACCAGCUACAUUAACCAUUUGGUGUUCGAGCCCAUGGAGGGGAAACAAAUUGCUUCCGUCAGUGAUGACCACACUUGCAGGGUGUGGGACCUGGAUGGGAAUGAAAGCGCUACUUUCCGGCUUCAGUCUCCUGGCAUCAGUGUGUGCUGGCACCCAAAGGAAGUCUUUAAGUUAAUGGUGGCAGAGAAGAAGGGGACGAUUCGCUUUUAUGACAUGGUCACCCAGCAGGCCAUCCUGUCACUGGAGAGCGAACCGCUCAUGUCAGCAGACUGGUGCCUUACCAACACGAUCAAAGUAGGCGGGGUGUCGGGCAGCGACUGGCUGAUCUGGGAUAUAACUCGAUCCAGUUACCCACAAGAAAAAAGACCAGCUCACAUCGAUAAAGCACGGCUGUUUAGGUGGUCUCGAGCCAAUGAAAACCUCUUUGCCACAACGGGAUGUCCAGGAAAGAUCAACACUCAGCUGAUCAUCCACCAUCUCGGCCACCCGCAGCCGGUGGCGAUCGGGUCGGUGACCGUCGGAUCAGGCCUCAGUUGGCACCGGACGCUGCCGCUCUGUGUGGUCGGCGGCGACAGGAAGCUUUGCUUUUGGAUGACUGAGAUGUAGAAAUCUGUUGUGGAAACCUGCGUCCUGUUUCUGUUUGUGCUCAAUAAAAUAUUUUUCCAAGUA